GAUCAACCCCAGACUUCAUUACGGUGAGGGUCAACCACAAUAGACUAGUUGCCUUGUUCUAUGAUCCGUUGCUAUAUAAAUGGGAUCAUACUUCCAGCUCUUGAUCAUUAUUCUCUACACUCUACACUCAGAUUACUUUCCAUUCCAAGAUAUAACCACCACAAGCCAACCAACCAAUAUCCCUGACCACCAUGAAGUUCUCUGUUCUUUUCACAGCCCUCUUUGCAGCCCUCGUCACAGCUGAACACGUGAAAGGCGGUGGCAAAGUGUCUGCACAUGGAAAGCGCCAGGAUCUUGAAACGUGUCCCACCACUGAUUCCAGCAAUUGUUGUUCCGCUUGCUGGGGUGCUUCUCAGUACACUCAUAUUGACAUCACGGAGUGCUGCGGCAAGUGUGGCUGCUAAGGGCUCACUCAACACAAAUUGCUUGGGAGACUGGCAACCAUUUGUUUCAUCAAAUACGCUAUCCUGUGC